AUAGAUACAAAAUAAUUUUUAUUACCCGAUAAUCGACCUCUUAUAAGUAUAUUUAUACUGCUUAUGCGUUUUUAUGCAGAUGUCUUGACCGGGCUCCCGUAAAUAGAAAGUGGCAUGUGCCCUUUUACAUGUACAACCUACAUCAUACGUUUUAUUUGACCCGAAAAUUCGUGUGUUACAGGACCAUCAUUUCUGUUGCCAUGUUUUAUAUACGAUGACACAUGACAACUUGAUAUUUUCCAUUUGGAUGUAAAACCAAAAUUUAGAAUUUUUAUGACGUUUCCAUGAUGUAGAUAUGUAAAUAGGAUCAUACACCUACUUGUGCAUAUUUUGAAAAGCUGCACUUUACUUCAUUUUUUGUAUGUACGUACAUUACAUUCACUCCAUGCAAUAAAUAUCUCUACACGUUUAAUUUUCAUCUAUUCAAAAGUUUAUUGACAAAAAAAGAGUUACUGUGUAAUUGCGUUCAACUGAUUUGUAAUUUAAAUGUAAAAGCUUUCAAUCAUUUUCCUUUAAAACACUGUAAAUCUUACUUUGAUGAAACAUUUAUUUCCACGUUCUGAGCAGUUUAUUCCGGAGUAAUCAAAAUGACCUUUCAAGAGAAAGAAAUUGUAUCUGUAGGCAAAAUUUUAAACGAUGAAAGUAAACCGCUGAAGGAAAGAUUUCGUGCUUUAUUUACUUUGAAAAACAUUGGGGGACAUUUGGCAAUCGAACAAAUUCAAAAGGGAUUCUGUGAUCCUUCAGCAUUGUUAAAACAUGAACUUGCAUAUUGUCUUGGACAAAUGCAGGACUCUAGUGCUAUUCCAGUACUUGUAGAGGUUUUAAAAGACAUCAAUCAAGAACCUAUGGUGCGGCAUGAGGCUGGAGAAGCACUGGGAGCAAUAGGUGAUACUAGCGUCAUACCUGUUUUAGAAGAAUACAGCAAGGAUAAAGUGAUAGAAGUUGCAGAGACCUGUGGAUUAGCUUUGAGGAGGUUAAAAUGGAUCGAAAGUGCCAAUGACAAGGAUCAUAAUCAGUCAGAAAAUCCUUAUGCAUCAAUUGAUCCAGCUCCACCUGCUGAAGUGAAAGAUGUGAAUGAAUUGACAAAAGUCCUAUUGGAUGAGAAUGCUUCCUUAUUUGACAGAUACAGAGCAAUGUUUUCACUGAGAAAUCUCUGUACUGAGGAAAGUGUGCUUGCUCUUGCCAAAGGACUAAAGGCUGGUAGUGCACUAUUUAAGCAUGAAGUCGCAUUUGUACUUGGUCAAAUGCAAGAAGAAGCAAGUGUACCUGCUUUAAAAGAUACACUUGAAGAUGCCAAUGAAAACGAAAUGGUGCGGCAUGAGUGCGCUGAAGCUCUCGGAGCUAUUGCAACGCCUUAUUGUUUUGACAUUUUAAAAAAUUACUUGAAGGACGAAAAACGUGUUGUGCGUGAAAGCUGUGAAAUCGCUUUAGAUAUGUGUGAAUAUGAAAAUAGCUCGGAAUUCCAGUAUGCCAAUAGCUUAGCAUCAGUGAAAUAAAAUUACAAAAAGGGUAAUGAAAAACAAUUAUAAAUUUGCAGUUAAACAUUAAAUAAAUUAUUUUACACAAUGUAAUUAACAGUUAAUUGGAGUUUAAAGCUUUUAUUUUAAUUAUUAAAUCUCUUUUGCUCUACAUCUUCUUAUCAAACUUCUAUCUUGUUACUUGAAUUUUGCCCACAGAUUCUAGAAUACACAGUAAUCAUUACAAUUAACAUUAUUCACGUCCAAUUAAAAAAAACAUCUUGAUACCCUAAAUCAUAAGUAUUUAAAUUUAUUAACAAUGUUGAACCUGCCAAUUUAGAUUACCAACAAAAUAAUUUUUAGUU